CGACCAGUAUGUAAAUGUAUGAUAGUCUUGUGAGUUAUCAAGGACCCUGAUACAAGAUGAAUGCAAAGCUGACAUCUGCUGUUGAAGUUUACAGACGUCUGGUUUCCCAUCCAGACCCGGUGGUCGCCUGGUUUUCUUACAAUGGCAUUCAGAACCAGAUGUCCAUCAACUCUGUCUGGAACCAGAGUGACCUUGACAGAUUGGAAAAGGUCAAGUUCACUAAAUCCUACCUGGUCAGUGAGAGCAGUCCGGGCAAAUUUGAAGUGAAUCACAGGAAGAUAUCAUCAACUGAUAGUAACAUCAUGUAUAAUGAAGAGGCACCAUCAGGGGAAUUCAAUGCCAUCAUCAGGAAAUUCACACCCAAAAAAGGAGGGGAAGAGAAGCAGUUUAUUGAAAUUUGGAAUCAUUGUAAGAAGAUAAAACAGUAUGAUGUUCUUAGUAAAGAAAAGCAUGGGAAGAUAUGUACCAAGGAUGGUCACUUUGGGUGUCUACACUGGUCCAAGGAUGAGACCAAGCUGCUGUAUGUGUCGGAGAGGAAGACCCCCAAGAUGGCCUCAUACUUCGACACCAAGAAAGCUGAUAAGCCAGAGGAGGAACAGCCAAUCAGAGGCCAUGAGCAUGAUUUUAAGCAAGACUGGGGAGAACAGUUAGUAGGCAAGCACAAGCUGGCACUAAACAUCCUGGACCUAAAUAGCGGGGAUAUAAAUACACUGGAAACCAUUCCCGAGGAUCUCUCUGUUGGACAGGCGAUCUGGACUCCUGAUGGGGGAAUAGUAUUCGUGGGAUGGAAGCAUGAACCAUACAGACUGGGCCUAGUCUAUUGUCCAAUCAGACCAUCAGCAAUUUAUCUGUGGGACUCCAAAACAUCAAACAUAAAACAACUGAGUGAUGAAAACAGAGCCAGCUCAUCACCAAAUUUAAGUCCUGAUGGAUCGAAGCUGAUUUAUCUGGACAACCAAGUGGGAGGCCCUCAUCGUCAGUGUGCAAGACUGAUGAUGUAUGACAUGAAAUCAGGGACAAAUACAGUUUUAGUGGAUGUAGUGAAAAAUCCAAAAGCGGAUGAAUUCCCUGGAAUAUACAGACAAUCCUUACCUCAGCGAUGCUGGGCAGCAGAUGGUAAACGUGUCGUAUUUAACAGCGUAUGGCGGCAUCAAGCGGGAAUCCUGGUGGUAGAUACAGAGACCAAGAAGAUCACACCGAUUCUGUGUAAGUCUGGGGGCUGUCUCAAAAUCACAGACAUUCACCAAGACAGGAUGUUGGUCGUUCGAUCCAGCAUCAACCAACAGCCAUACUUUAGUAUAAGUCAACUUCCAGAAAGUGGAAAUGAGUCAUCAGCAGAGUUUCUUCCCCUUGAUGACCCAGAGCCCCCUCUGGACAUCAGCUUUAAGAUUCUAAAAUUCCAGCCGACCAGUCGACCACACCCAACAUUUGGUGUCAAUGAGUAUGAAGCCAUUCUUGCUAUACCUAAAGAUGUUGAGCAAAAGAAAUGGCCCCUCAUUGUUUUUCCACAUGGUGGUCCACAUGCAGUUCACACAACUGACUUUCUACUUCUCCCGGCUGUCUUCAUGCUCAGUGGCUUUGCAAUGGUUUAUGUUAACUACAGAGGUUCCUGUGGGUACGGAGAUGACAAUAUACGGUCCUUGCCAGGGAGAGUGGGGGACCAGGAUGUCAAGGAUUGCCAGGAAGUUGCUGAGAGUGUAAUCAAAUUAGAUCAGAUUGAUGAGAAUAAAGUCGCGGUCUUUGGAGGGUCCCAUGGAGGAUUUUUAACAGCACAUUUGAUUGGUCAAUAUCCAGGGUUUUAUAAGGCAGCAUGCUGUAGAAAUCCAGCGACAAAUAUUGCAGUUAAGAUAGCCACCACAGAUAUUCCUGACUGGUGCUAUGUGGAAGCAGGGUUUGACUUCACAUACAGUAGUCUACCCACUGGAGAGAAACUAACAGAAAUGUGGAAAAUGUCCCCUAUGCAGUAUGUAGACAAGGUAGAAACACCCAUUCUGAUUAUGUUGGGGCUAGAGGAUGCAAGAGUUCCCCCCAAACAAGGAGAGGAAUACUACAAGCAACUCAGGGCCAGGAAUAAAAAAGCCAGGUUGAUUGGGUAUUCAGACAACAGUCAUCCCAUACAAACAGUGGAAGCUAGUGCGGAUAGCUGCAUCAACAUCCUGGACUGGUUCUGGCAGCACCUAGACUGAGGACAGGGGAACCAGUUCACCCUGUCACAAAAUGAACAGUUCGUCUAAAGAGCAAUUAAGUCAGUGCAGACAAAGAUGCUGUCAUUGAGACUGCUUUUAUAAACAGAUUUUGAAAUGUGCAAUGAAUUAUGGUGCUGGUACAUAAUGCAUGUGAAUAUGUAUGUGUAUAUAAUAUGCAUGCCAUGUACUUGUAAUUCUAUAAGUCAUUAAAUGAUUUUUUUUAAUAGGAAAAUAAAUAUAUUUAAUUUG